AUGUCUUAUUCCCCAUUUUCAGACAAGUACAACCAAGUACCUCAAUCAGAAGAUGGUGAAGGAUUACUCUCGAAUACCGGGUCAACAUAUAAUAAGCAACCACCCAGGCGAAAUAGCAUUCUAUGGUAUAUUCUAUCACUGCCAGUGAUAUCGUUGUUGUCCGUUGCUUUUGGUGUAUGGAUCGGUGCUCGAUUUGUGGCGAAUCCGGCGAAAUUAUGUCCAACAUACAUGCAACAUUAUUCUCCUGUUCUGAAUGAUAUUGAUACUUCAUAUAAGCCAGUAAUGUUCAAUGGAUCAUUUAUGAAGGAAAAUGCAUUUAGAUUGAAAGCAGGGCCUGAGGUGGAUGAAGCGUGGGGAAGUUUAGGAGUGCACUAUCGAAGUUUCGCAUUACCGGCGAGCGAGGCGGAAAAAUCUGGAUUGACAUCUGCUCAUGUUCAGGUGAAUGAAAAAUAUGGCGGAGGAUUUCCAGUAAAUUUAGAAGGACUUCAUCAUCUACAUUGUCUAAACCUUGUGAGACAAUCGCUCUACUACAACUACGACUAUUACCACGAUCAAGGAAAAGGAGCAUUUGUGAACGAGGAUAACAUCGUUCAAUACCACGUCUCUCAUUGUCUCGAUAUCAUCCGCCAACAACUCAUGUGCCAAGUCGAUACCGGCGUCCUCGGUCAAGUCUGGUGGGAUAAAUCGAAACCCCAAGCUUUCGUAGAUUUUAAUACUGAACAUCAAUGCAAAAAUUUCGAUGCCAUAAGACAGUGGGCGGAGGAGAAACAGAUGCCGGCGACGGGACCGCCGGAUUUCUUGCAGAGACCGAAGAAGAGUGAUGUUCUUGAGAGUAUACCGUAA